AUGUGCCAACUAAUCCACAACAACGUAGAAAUAACUGCCUGCAAUGUAUUUGAAAUACGCGCAUCUUUAAUAUUCACGGUAUUUAGCUCGUUAGCUUCUUAUUUAGUGCUGAUUAUUCAGUUACAUAUACAAUGA